AAAAAGAAAAAAAAAAAAAAAGGAAAGAAAAGACUGUGAGAGUCGUGGUUAGCGACUGGAGGGAAAGAAGAGGAGGAAACGGUUUAUCGAGUGUCGAAUUCGCGUAGACAGGUCUGUCGUAACGAAUCAUUAUCUCUCUAGUUCUUUGUGAAUUACUGUUACGAGCAUUUUCAAUUUCUACGUAACACUCGGCUAACGUUCGUUAACUUCUGUUCGUUGCGAAUCCUUUUCACAGCGAAUUAAGGCCGAGAGAGAGAAAGAUCGAAAUCCGUCUGUAAGCGACGGUGCCUGUUGUGUGUUGUCUCGUUCAAAUCAUCGCCGAGAGCAAUUCAAGUUCGCAUUAUCCAGUUCGCGAACGCGACAAACGUAAUUUCCAUCGAGAUAAUAAGACGAGGAGAUCGACUUGGUGGUACUUAAUGACGCUCAAUGACACUUAAUCGUGCUUGAUGAUCAAAGGAAUCGGGAGAUCAAGCAAGGGCGAGCGACCCGCUGCUCAAUAAAAAUCGCGGUGCAGCCUUCGUCGGACGAUAUGAAACUAUGGAUGUUCGGGAAAGUCAGCCUGGCCGUCGUCACGAUCUUCACGUUCACCCUCUAUGUUCUGUCCUUCUAUUUCAACUGCAGGAUCGACGACAUCCUGCACUUCAGGCGGAUCAUCAACGGCGACGCGCGAGUGACGAACGCGACGAAGAAGGUGCUAUUCUGGAACACGAUGUUCAACGACGAGACGUUUUACAUGGGCAACGGCGACAUCUUCCACGACUGUCCGGUAAACGAUUGUUACGCGACGCACGACAGGAGCUACGCGAAUCUCACGAACUUCGACGCGCUGCUGUUCCACGGUAACGAGCUCGAUCUCGCUGAUCUGCCGACGAGCAGAACGCCGCGGCAGUGGUACGUUUUCGUGAAUCUGGAAAGUCCGGCCAACAGACCGCUGACCAGCUACUUUUACGAGGAUUUCUUUAACGUCACGAUGACGUACAGAUUGGACAGCGACAUCGUCUGGACCUAUGGAAUCGUUAAGGAUUCCCGCACCGGCGAGAUUGUCGCACCUAGCAGAAACGCGAAUUGGCACGCGUUUUACAAUCGGCCAGGUGGCCGAGCGUUCGCCGACGAAGGCACCGGGUCGUCGUUGUCGAGGACGGUUCGAGGCAAAACGAGGCCGAUCGUCUGGUUCGUGAGCAACUGCCAGGCGAAAAGCGGCCGGCAGGAGUACGUGAACGAGCUGUCCAGGCACAUACCGAUCGACGUUUACGGGAAAUGCGGCAGCAUGCAUUGUCCAUCGAGCCACGAUUGUUUCGCACGAGUCGCCGAACCUCACUACUUUUUCUACCUGUCGUUCGAGAACUCGCUGUGCGACGAUUACGUAACCGAGAAGCUGUACAAUGCCCUCAGAUACAACAUAAUUCCCAUCGUUUACGGCGGCGCCAAUUACAGCCACUUUGCUCCGCCGCGCUCCUACAUAGACGCGCUCGACUUCGACACGCCAAAGGGCCUGGCUGAAUAUUUAGGCAAGCUGAUCGAGAAUCCGCGCGAGUACGGCGAGUACUUCGCCUGGAAGAGAUGUUACGAAGUCGACGGGGGCAUUCGGCAAGCGGUGUGCAAUCUGUGCGAGUUCCUCCAUAAGCAGAGGAGACCACGGACGUAUGGCUCGUUGUCUAAUUGGUACAGUCGGUCGAGAUGCCCCUUGCAGAACUAUCUGCGUUACCAAAGUUACCUCACAGGAUCCGUAUUCAAAGACUGACUUGGUUAUACUUUAUAUCGUUCGAAAGUAUCGCCGCGCGAAUGUCAAUCGUAUUCCUACCGCGAGAUACAUUUGUUGUUAGUUCGUGGCUAGGUCUCUUCUGUUUUAUUUAUCAUCAUCUCCGCGAAUAUGCACUACUUUUAUAUCCGUGCUGUAUGUGAUGUAGGAAACAUUUUGAAAUUUUAUUAACACUAUUAUGCGAUCGUAUUGAUCAAAGCUGAAACUAAUCUGGAAAAAUACGUUAACUUGCGGUUAGUGGUUGAAAGAAAUUUCGUAAUAUGUUAAUUUAAAUUGGUGUCAAACAUUCAAUUCACAGUUUCUUGACUUUUUCAAAUAUUUGAACAGACGCUAGCUUUUAACUGCUUUGCGAUCGUUGUAUAAAUGUAUCUUCAGAGUUCUGCUUCAAAAUAACCGAUAAUAGAGAGUGUUACUACAGC